ACCUUUGAUUCCUCAUUCUCUUUCACCUUCACGCCGAAAAGACAGAAAACUUGGGGGUAGAGAGUCCAGGCAUUUGAGCAGCGUGAGCGAAGUUACUUGUCGGGAAAAAUGGCGGACGAUGAUUAUGAGAUUGAGGAGUAUGUCAUAAUUAUCCACCGCUUUUCAACCUUUAUUUUUAAACCUUUCAAGAAUCGUUUGCCUAGCUUUUGCGCCGUCUGUUUUCUUGUUCUGUGUUUGUGCUUUGUUUUGAAUUAUCGCCGACAUUGUUGAUUCAUCCAUGCAUGUCUGUUUUUGUUCCUUCUUAGUUUUAGUCAGUUCGUUAAUUAUGGCCUCAAUUAGCUCGCCUGUUACAAUUUGCUGAUGCUGCUUUAGGGUUUUUCCCCCCUGAAAUUAGGGUUUUUUCUGUUUUCUAUGUUUGCUUUGAAUUGAGUCAUUUAUUAUCGUAGGGGGUUUCUCUCGCAGUUGAUGCUUGAAUUAUCAUGGGACUUUGCGUAUUAGGGGCCUUUAUUUGUUGCAAUUGUUUUGUUUUAUGAUUUCAAUUGUAUUUUUGCUGAGCUUCUCAUCAAUUAGGGUACUCGUUUUUUGUUUGUUUUUUUUUUUCUUGGUUUAGAAAUAGGGUACUCCUCAGCUUUUAUUGCUGUUGUAUAUCUCAUUGGUUUUCUAUCUGUAUAAGUAAUUCUAGGGUUAUGUCUUUUGUUAUAUUGCCUUUUUACUGAUAAAAUUUCUUCCAACUCAGAUAUGUAGAGGAACCUUUGGACCCUGAGCCGGAUGAAGGGGCUGAGAUUGAGGAAGACAACAACAAUGAGGACGGCCCCGAUCCAAUUAUGGCCGAGGAGGAUGAAAAGCAGGAAGAGGCUCAAGUUGAUCGCCAAGCAAAUCGAAAAACAUCAAAAUAUAUGACAAAAUAUGAACGUGCCCGCAUUCUAGGAACUCGUGCACUUCAGAUUAGCAUGAAUGCCCCUGUCAUGGUUGAACUGGAUGGUGAGACUGAUCCACUUGAGAUUGCUAUGAAGGAGCUCACUGAAAGGAAGAUACCUUUCACCAUUCGCCGUUAUCUUCCUGAUGGAAGCUAUGAAGAUUGGGGAGUUGAUGAGUUGAUUGUGGAAGAUUCAUGGAAAAGACAAGUGGGAGGUGAUUGAGAAAGAUCGCGAGGUUCCUCUUAUCCUCUAUAUUGGUAGUUGACUUUGAGUGGAAGCAGGAGUGGAAUGCGCAGGAUUUAGGGGGUUUUAAAAUUUGUAUAUUUGGACAUUGUGAUUGUCUGCUGUAUGGUAAUAGACUGAAAACUACUAUAUUAGGAUUAUGGUCUAUCUGAUGAAGUAUUUAAAUCACUGCAGCUUGCUGGUACGACUUCUCCAGUGUGUUCAUCACUUUAUUGAGCCGGAGCGCAGAAAUCUCUAUUCCUAGUUUGGGCUGCAAAUGUAUUAAAUUGCAUUCUGUUGCUUUGAGCAUUUGCUAUUUUGUUCUGCAUAUCUGUAUGAGUGCCGGAGAAGUAACUAUUCCUGUAUAGGAUUAGAUGCAGUGUUUCUCGGGCCGAAUGAAUGAUGUGUUUCUUGGUCAGUGUAUGUUGAUAUUUGGCAUCAUGGACUGUUUAACGGUAAUCAGAACUUUUCAUGCUGAGAUACUUCCGGGUCCUAAUUGUCACGUGAUUCAGAUAUGUAAUGGAGCUCAAGCGUAAUUUAUGUUCCUUAAAUCAAACUUGUGUAUGUUUAUUACUACCUUGAAAAACUAGGAGGAAUUUUUCGGACUCGAACUUGAAUACCAACCACAUAGACACUCACCUGUACACUUGGACUUGAUAAUUGGCUUCAGAAUAAGACUCCGACUGAGAUAUUAUUAGGCUGGA